UGGUAAAUCUGAAAAGAAAUUAGGUUUUUUUUUCUUUUUCGCAUAUAAAUUCAACAAACAAAUAGCUUUAAACCUCACUUGCAGCAGCGGUAGCAGCAGCCUCUCUUUCUCAUCUUGUGAUUUGAGCGUUUAGGAUUCUUUUUGGGUUAAGCAAUUCACAAAGAUGCAGAACGAAGAGGGUCAAAACAUGGAUCUUUACAUCCCCAGAAAAUGUUCUGCCACUAAUCGGUUGAUCACCUCAAAGGAUCAUGCUUCUGUUCAGAUUAAUGUUGGACACUUGGAUGAGCUUGGUAGAUACACUGGAUCCUUCUCCACUUUCGCUCUUUGUGGCUUUGUCCGUGCCCAGGGUGAUGCUGACAGUGCCCUCGAUAGGCUCUGGCAGAAGAAGAAAGCUGAAGUCCGACAGCAGUAGUGGGAUUUCCUUUUAGUACUAAAAUGGUCUCUGAAUUUGGGUUGGAAAAAUGUUUUCGUCAAUCAACGACUGUUAAAAUUCUUGGUUGUUUUUUAAGAAUUAUGCUGAAUAGUUUUGUUGAUUU